AUGGCAUCAAGUUAUCAACAAGCACAAGCCCAGUAUGCUUUAGAGUCCACUAAUACACAUGAAACUUUUGUCCCAAAAACUUUGAGUUUUAACGAUUGUGUGUGUGUAGGGCUGCAUGUUUUUAUCGAAAAAAAUGGUGAGAAAGAAGAUGCGAUGCAAUUGUUGUUGGGCAGUAACUUCAACUUAGAGAAAUUUUUAGAACUAAUCAAUUCAUCCCACCGAUCGACAAUGCCUGGCAUAGAGCCACAACGGGGGCGUAUGCUCAGAGGAAAAAGUGUCAUUGAAACAGCAACUGACUACAACCAAACUUUUGCUGUAAGAGGAGCUUCAGCAUUUCAACCCCCUCAACAACCAUUUUUCAACAACCAAAAUCUUGUGUCUCAGCAGUUGCAGCAACAAAUGUUGUUGCAAAAGGUUGGAUUAUUAGGUGCUGGCAACGCACCUGCCGGAAUGCAACAUGCCAGAUCAUCCUCCAUGGUUCCAAAGUUAGAUUCAUCCUUGUUCAACAGUGGGAGUAACAAUAAGAAUCAACAGAUUCAACAACUUCAGACGUUGUUGCAGUUGCAGUCUGUCUUGCAGCCGUUGCUUGUUGAGAGAGCACAAUUGCAACAAAACACAGUUAUACCUGCUCCUCAAAAGAAAAAUAGAUUAGAAGUUUUGAAUAUGGAUAUCUUCAAGGUGAAGGCCCUGAUUGAUCAGCUGCAACUGUAUGGACAUACAGGUGCGCCCACAUCAUCCCUUUCAUCGUCAGCACUCUACAAUCAAUCUGAUCCAACUGGUGUAGAGGAAGCACGUCUUCUGCAGGCACUCGGCCAGUUGAAACUUGAUCAGAUAUCUCCAACUUCGUGUACUUCUUCCUUGCUUAGCAACAGCAGUGUCACAGCUGACCUGGUUUCCUUGCUUCAAAACACGGCAGGUGUCACUCAUAGCAUCAACAGCUGGCUACCUAACAUGUGUUCCGGUGCUGAUAACUUUGGACAUGGGCAGUCGAAAGAUGGAUGGAAUAUGCUCCACCAUGGAAAAUCCUCUACAUCGUUUGGAGGAAUGUAUCCACCUCCUCCACCUGGUCUCAACAGUUCAGACAAGAUGGGUGGCGGUUAUGUCGGUCAACCAGGACCAUUUAGUCGAAGCACAUCAUGGGCUCCUGGAGAGAAAAUUAAAACAGGUCCUCCUCACACAUCACAAAUAUGCUGGUUCCUUAUCAAGAACACCUCAGUUGUUAGUUCUUUUUCUUUUCAUUAUUUGUUGCCAUGA